GUUCAGCAGAGGGUUUUAAUUUGAUUGCUUGGGUAUAAAAGUGCCGUCAAUUCCUGUGAUCUUUGCUUUCUCCUUGACGUGGACGGCCUGCAUUUAAAGGUUUCGAAGAGAUGCUCAAAACAAUUGGUUCAAGAGUGAUACAGCAACGUACCCCAAGGAGUCUGCUAUUAUCCACGCAAAGCGUGAGGUUCUAUUCUCCAUUACCUCGUUAUAGCAAAGAUGCUGGCAGAUAUCCAAGAAAGACGACUACGAGACGCUCAGGUACUAGACAUCCACUGUAUGAUGAUGCUCUUCAUCCAUUCAAAGACACACAGGGUCGCAUUGACUUUGACGUGACACCAGAGGUUCCAAAUCCGUUUGGUGUCAUUUCACACUCAGAUCGUAUUGCCAGAAUCCUCAGUGAACCGACGUUAGUCAUAGAGCGUCAAAUUGAAAUGAUGAAUGUGUUCUUAGGCUUCGAGCAGGUCAACAGGUAUGUCAUCAUGGAUGCUCUGGGAAACAAGCUAGGGUUUAUGGAGGAACGGGACUUGGGCUUCCUGAAGGCCAUGAUGCGCCAGGUUUAUAGACUUCACAGACCCUUUACAGUUGAUGUGUUCGACAACGAGGGUAAUAGCCUGCUGACCAUCAAGAGACCUUUCAGUUUCAUCAAUUCUCAUAUCAAAGUGUUCCAUCCGGGGUUCCAAAAUGAGCAAGAUGGGAUCAUCGGCGAAUCUGUCCAGAGUUGGCAUCCAUGGAGACGUCGGUAUAACUUGUUCAAAGCGGACUCACCUGAAGAGUUCUCACAAUUUGGCGCUAUAGAUGCGAGAUUCCUGAGUUUCGACUUCCCCGUGAGGGACGAAGAAGGCGUCGUUAUCGGUGCCGUGGAUAGAAACUGGGUCGGUUUGGGAAGAGAGUUAUUCACAGAUACAGGUGUCUACAUUAUCAGAAUGGAUCCUGCAUCAUUCGCAGGAAUGCAGGACUACUACCCACAGGUUGGUGGUCCUCUCACACUUGACCAAAGAGCAAUCUUGCUUGCAAAUGCCGUGAGUAUCGAUUUCGACUACUUCUCGAGACAUUCCAACCAGGGAGGUCUGGUUACUUUUGGAGAGUAAUGAUCACCACGCACAUUCGGAAACUGCGUUAGAUAUAUUUAUUAUACAUGAUCUGGGGAAAAGAAAGCAUUGGGCAGAGCUGUCGUCGAACUAGCACCAACAUAUGUACCCUGCUAUUUCAAACGAUACAUCCAGAUGUUCUCGUAUCAUCUAACUACAUGAAAUCCAAUGUCCAUGUUGGUUUAUAACCAUAGCAAUAGUAUAUCAUCGUAUAUUAA